CCCGAUCAAUAUCAAUAACCAAGUCACUAUGAAAGGAAAACAAAUCUCUUCAAGAACUUCAACUUAACGUUCUGUCUGUGCAUAUAGAUACGUGAAUAUUGAGGGAAAUAUUGGUUGCUAUUUGGCAUAUAGUUUGCAAGACAGGUUAGAGCAUGUAACACAGCGAAGAUGGAGCCCCAGCAACAUGGUGUUUGUGGCGAUGAAAAAUGUGGUGUUUGUGGCGAUGUUAGCUCRGGUUAUCACUAUGGGGCUGAAACAUGCGAGGGUUGUAAAAGCUUCUUUAAAAGAACAAUCCACAGAGGACAUAUAAACAGAUACACUUGUGGUAAUGCACAGACUUGUGUUAUUGAUAAAAAAACUCGGGCAAAAUGUCAGGCCUGUCGACUGCAAAAAUGCUUCGAUAUUGGUAUGGUCGAACAAGGCAUUCGGAAGGAAAAAAAAAGAGGGGGUCGUUCAUUUUAUCCUUUGCGCACAGAACUACCUGUAGAUAAAAACAAACCAGAAGAAUCUGUGCUGCUAGAUGAAUUAAUGGCAAGCAAUCCUUGCAUAGUUCCACAAGGUGAACCUAUUGAGAAGUUCCUAGAAAGCUUACAAGAAGGCAAAAAUGCUGUUCUCCAAAGAACAUCCAAUGCUAUUACAAAAGAACUGCACGUUAUAGUGGAGUGGGCCAAACAGGUUCCUGGGUUUAGUAAGUUAUCGCAACAUGAUCAGAUGAUACUUCUAACUGCAGCAGGAAUGGAGUUGAUUGUGUUUAGAGUAAUUUUCAGGUCAAUACCGUACACUAACCAAGUUUACUUAAAUUCUACAACAUUACUGGAAAGACAAUUAUGCUAUAAAGUUUUCAACACUGAGAUUGUUGAUAUGAUAUUAGAUGUUGUUGAACGCCUAAAGGCUUUGGGAUUGGAUAAAGUAGAAUAUGCAUGUUUGAUGUCAAUACUUCUUGCUGAUCCAGAGAAUCCAGGUUUAGAGUCCAAGAAGGAUGUUGAAACAUUACGGACAUCAUUUCUGUCUGGAUUAGAGCAUCACAUCACUACCAAGUACCCACAACAGCCACAAAGAUUUGCUAAAAUCCUUCUUCGCCUUCCAGGAUUACGUGAUGUUUGCACAAAGGGUUAUGGCUUCUUUGUUCUUGUUAGGUCAAAGCUAGAGGGAGAAGUCCCAAUGUCGACUUUAAUGAAAGAAAUGUUUGAAUGUGCAAGAACAUAAACACACAUGUCAAAUCCAAAUUUUUUGUAAUUCUUAAUGCAUACGAAAACGAAAAAACAUAGACUUUCAAAAUUCUAGUAUGAUACAUGGUAUAGACUAUAGUAAUUUGGACUGCUGCUUUCAUGUCAAGAAGCAUAUGACACCUUUUCCAGUUAAUUGCUAUUGUCUGGUUAAAUCGCAAACUGCAUCUCAAGUUUAUUGAAGAAUGUUAAGCAUUCAGUGAAAUUCAUAUUCAAAUAUUCAAAUAUUCAUAUUCAAAUAUUCACUUAAUAAUCAUGAAUUUGUUUUGUGUGUUUUUAGACAUUUUCAUGUCUUGUACAAUAAUGAUGCAUUGAUUUGGACAUUGAUUUUCAAUGCUUCAAAGAAGACUUGAAACAAAAAUAUGCUUCUUGACAAAAUGUCCUACACAUUGCAUACUCUGUUGUGCGCCUGCAGCUCUAAUGAAAAUGCUUCAAUUGAAUUGCUCACAGUAAUGAACAGCGUAUACAAAAUUCAAGAAUUAAUUAUACACACGUCAAAUUUUUAUAGUAGAGAAUAUAAAACKUUAUUGACAUUUUAUUGUGAAAAUAUGAUUUUAUAAUAGAUAAACUAAGACUACAUCUUUUGACAAUGUUUACAUGAACAUGUAGAUAACUGAAAACCUGCUGUUAUGUAAUCUGUUCUUAUACACUAAAAUAUAUUACUUUUGUUAGAACAAACUCAUGACAAGCAAACUAAGUCUUUUUCUGCCACAAAUAUUAUCCUUUGAAUUGACACAGGGUUCAAGCUGGCCUCCUAGCACCAAAUUAUACACAUCAAUGCCUAUUAUUUUGUAAAAUUAAUAGGAGAUUAUAUAAUAUUAAAAUAAUUAAUAGGAGAAUUAUAUAAUAUUAACAAAUAUUAUAAUUAUAAAACAAAAAAUAUUAUGUUUCUAUAAGAGCAUAGAAACACAGCAAGAGUUGUUAUUUUUCAAAUCUUUAUUAGAACACUUGAAAACGUUUUGAAUCAUUCCCUUCAGCUUGCAAUUCAAAAACAUCUUUCUCAUGUCACCCAACAAUCCCGUGUGUUGGAAAAUGGAAAAUAUCACAUAUAAAUAAGACAUCUUCUUCAAUGAAUAUCCAAGCUGAAGUUGAUGUUGCAUUUCAUUUGUCAUGGCUAUGAUUUCCCGAGUUGUAGGUAUUUUAAGUAACAAUGCGCGCAAAAAGCAGGCAACUUUCUAUUGUUCUGCGGCAAUUGCAACUUCCCCACAUACAAAUGUCUUGGUUUUCACACUGAUUAUAUAUCAA